ACGUGGGACAAACAAUUUCAAUAGAACUUCUAGAGGGCCAAUAUUGUCAAUUUCCGUAGCAUUUCAGUUGACGACUGAACCAGCAGAAGCACCCUCCUUUCCUCUGUCAGUACAAGCUCGAACAAGCAAGCAAGAAUCUGCCAUUUCUCUCCUAUUAGUGCACCUACACCCUAGAGCCUGAGUAUUUUCCAACCAUUUUCACAGUUUCUCUCGAAGCUGUUUCCAAGCCUUUUUUUGAUCUCUCGAAAUGAUACUUUCUGCUUUGUUAACAUCGGUUGGGAUCAAUCUUGGACUCUGUUUCUUGUUUUUCACUCUCUAUUCUAUACUCAGGAAGCAAACCGGUAAUGUUUUCGUCUACGCUCCGCGUUUGGUCGAUAAGCAGAAAUCUGAGCAGCAAGGAGAUGAUUUCAAUUUAGAAAGGCUUUUGCCUUCUGCUAGCUGGGUGAGAAGGGCAUGGCGGAUCUCUGAGGAAGACCUCUUGUCAAUCUCUGGUUUGGAUGCUCUUGUCUUCACCCGCAUUUUCAUUUUCAGCGUGAAAGUAUUUACAUUUGGUGGGAUUAUUGGGAUCUUCAUUCUUCUUCCAGUUAAUUAUCUUGGGAAUCAGCUCAGCAUUGAUGAUUUUUAUGAUCUACCAAACAAAUCUUUGGACUCCUUCAGUAUUUCUAAUGUUAACGACGGUUCAAACCGGUUAUGGAUUCACUUUUCUGCUGCAUAUAUUUUUACUGGAGCUGUCUGCUAUCUUCUUUAUUGUGAGUAUCUCUAUAUUUCAUCAAAAAGAAUUGCUUGCUUCUAUUCAUCCAAGCCUCAGCCUCAUCAAUUUACCAUAUUAGUCCGUGGUAUCCCUUCAACGUGUGGGAGAAGCUUUAGUGAAAUUGUUGAGAGCUUUUUCAUGGAGUAUCAUUCUUCUACUUAUCUUUCACAUUUAGUGAUUCAUCAAACAAGCAGAAUUCGAGGUCUUAUUAGUGAUGCAGAGAAGUUGUAUAGAAGGCUUGCACGCAUUAAAUCAGAAAAUCAUUCUAAGCAAAAUUUUAAACGGGAUGGCUUUUUGGGACUCUUUGGACGUAAAGUGAAUCUCUUAGACCACUACGAAAAGAAGUUGGAAGAUUUGGAAGAUAAUGUGAGAAUGGAGCAAUAUUCAUUGGCAGGAGAGGAAGUCCCUGCUGCUUUUGUGUCAUUCAAGUCACGAUUUGGUGCUGCAGUAGCUCUUUACAUACAACAGGGGGUUAAUCCCACGGAGUGGGUCACUGAGCGAGCUCCUGAGCCUCAGGACGUACACUGGCCUUUCUUUUCUGCAUCAUUCAUAAGAAGAUGGUUCUAUAAGCUGCUUGGGGUUGUUGCUUGUAUUGCUCUUACAAUUCUGUUCCUUAUACCAGUUGUAGUAGUGCAAGGUCUUGCUAACCUGAAUCAGCUGGGGAUCUGGUUUCCAUUUCUCAAAGGCAUACUUAGUCUAACUGUUAUAAGUCAACUGAUUACAGGAUAUCUGCCUAGUCUAGUUCUUCAAUUGUUCCUAUUUUUUGUGCCACCCAUGAUGAUAUUGUUUUCCUCCAUGCAAGGAUACAUUUCCCUCAGUCAAAUAGAGAAAAGUGCUUGUACCAAGGUGUUAUAUUUUACCAUAUGGAACAUUUUUUUUGCAAAUGUACUAUCAGGAUCAGCUUUCUAUCAGGUCAAUGUCUUCCUUGAACCCAAAAAUAUUCCCAGGGUACUAGCUGAAGCUGUUCCAUCUCAGGCGUCAUUCUUCAUUUCAUAUGUCGUGACAUCUGGAUGGACAAGUCUAUCGUCAGAGCUCUUUCAGUUGAUUCCUCUGCUUUGCAGUUUAAUAAGAAAACUAUGUUCCAGGAGGGAUGGUGAUGAAUUUGAGGUCCCAGCAAUUCCAUACUACUGUGAAAUUCCUACUAUCCUUUUCUUUGGACUUCUUGGUGUAACAUAUUUUUUCCUUUCUCCAUUAAUUCUGCCAUUUCUCCUGAUUUAUUUUUGCCUGGGAUACAUCAUCUUCCGCAACCAGUUGUUGAACGUAUAUGCACCCAAGUAUGAAACUAGUGGAAAGUUUUGGCCUGUAGUACACAAUUCCACAAUUUUUUCCUUGAUACUGAUGCAUGUUAUUGCAAUUGGGAUAUUUGGACUUAAGAAGCUGCCUCUGGCUUCCAGUUUAACUAUUCCUCUUCCAGUUCUCACACUUCUUUUCAUUGAGUACUGCCGGAAACGGUUCCUACCCACAUUUAAAAAUUAUCCUACUGAGUGUUUGAUAAAGAAAGAUAGGGAAGACCAGAAUGAUCCAUGUAUGGAUGAAUUCUAUGGUAAAUUGGUUACCGCUUAUCGUGACCCAGCUUUGAUGCCAGUCCAUUAUGCCAGAAAUGAUGACAGGCGCAACUCCCCGCUUCUUCAUUCCGAAUUUUGAAAUCAUUUGGUUAAUGUGAACACUCUAGGUAGGAAAUCCCCAUCGCCUUUUUCUAUUUUUAAUUUAUUUUUGAAUAUAAUUGAUGAAAUUCGAACCUUAAAAUGCAAGCCUUUAGGCCAUCUUUAGAUUGCAUGAGGUUAUAGUAUCUGUUUAAUUUUGUUCAUAAUAAUUGAACUUGAAUGAUCUUUAAAUUUCAGUUUAUAUUAAUAAAAAUAAUUGAAUUUUAGUCUUUA